AUGGUGCUUUUUGUGCUUCAAAAUGAUCCACUAUUGGGUUUAAAGUUUCUGAGGUUUUCAGAUGGCUGUGGCCUCCGGAAGGUGCAAAAUGUAAACUCCGUGGCUGUCCCGAUGCGUAGUUCACUAAAGCUACAAGGUGGAAAUGUCCUUAAGGGGAGCACCUUUCAUGCAACUGGGCAACUGUCCAAAAUCAAUGGCACAACGGGUCAGAGAGCUGCUGAAGGAACUGAAGGGGAUCAUGGCGUGGUCUGUCCAUGUGACAUAGAAAACGGCAUUAACCCACACCGUAGUUUUCAAGGGCACAUGCACCCCGCGCAUACAUUGUCUUGCGGGGGAGCCAAUGAUUACAAAUCACUAUUCUUCGUCUUCUGGCCCAACUUCAACAACAGGCUCUUCAGAUUCCAACAGGAGGGACCAAAGAAGAUAUGUGACGAAGCCGAGGAGAUGGAGGUGGAUGAAUGAAUGGUGAAGAAUGACUGAAUGAAUGAAGAGAAUGGAUGAAAGAAGAGAUGGGAAGAGCGGAAGAGAAGGAUGGUGUGUGUGUGUGUGCUGUGUGGACAUGGACAUGUACUACCAAAAUACAAAAGCUCAACCCGUCAGGAAAAAAUGCAAGGUUUGCUAUGAUAUCGUGCACUAACGGGCCCACUGGCACCUACUGCCCUCCGGGAAGAGGGCCAAGGCGGAAAGAAGAUCAAGGAGCGCCUCACCGUCGCCUUCUGCGCCAACGCCACGGGCAGUUUCCAAGUCUGCUUCUAAGGCGUCUAAGCCUCCUCCUAAAUCUCAAUCUUAUCCGCCUAAGUCUGCGCCUUCCAGCCUUCCAAGCCUUCUAAAAAUUCUGCCUCUAAAUCUUCGCUUUGAAAGGAAUUUUCUGGCAGAUGGACUUAAACUGGUAAAAAUGACAAGAUUGUUAGGGGGUCUUUCGGUCAACUUUACGCAGAGUGUAUGGGAUAAUUUCAUAGGAUUGACUGAGCUUAUCAGC